UGGCCCCCAGGCCUUGCAAAGCCCCUCAUUUUGGCAGAACUUACCAUGUCGACCAGCCGCAAAUUAAAAAGUCAUGGCAUGAGGAGGAGCAAGAGCCGAUCUCCUCACAAGGGGGGCAAGAGAGGUGGCAGCAAAAGAAAAUACCGUAAGGGCAACCUGAAAAGUAGGAAACGGGGCGAUGAUGCCUCUGCCCUGGUACGCUUCACACAGCACCAAGCAGCAACAAGAACAGCAGAACGGUGGCUCCCUCUCCCUCUCCCUCUCCCUCCUCUCCCUCCUCUCCUCCCUCUCCCUCUCCCUCCUCUCCCUCCUCUCCCUCUCCCUCCUCUCCCUCUCCCUCCUCUCCCUCCUCUCCUCCCUCUCCCUCUCCCUCCUCUCCCUCCUCUCCCUCUCCCUCUCCCGUCUCCUGGUGCGCUUCACACAGCACCUCUCCCUCUCCCUCUCCCUCUCCCUCGUCUCCUGGUGCGCUUCACACAGCACCUCUCCCUCUCCCUCUCCCUCUCCCUCGUCUCCUGGUGUGCUUCACACAGCACCUCUCCCUCUCCCUCUCCCUCGUCUCCUGGUGUGCUUCACACAGCACCUCUCCCUCUCCCUCUCCGUCCCCCUCCCCCUCCCCCUCUCCCUCUCCCUCCUCUCCCUCGUCUCCUGGUGCGCUUCACACAGCACCAAGCAGCAACAAGAACAGCAGAAGGAGGGCUCCCUCUCCCUCUCCCUCUCCCUCCCCCUCCCCCUCCCCCCUCCGUCUCCGUCUCCCUCCCCGUCUCCGUCUCCCUCCCCGUCUCCGUCUCCCUCCCCGUCUCCGUCUCCCUCCCCGUCUCCGUCUGCGUCUCCGUCUCCGUCUGCGUCUGCGUCUGCGCCUGCGUCUGCGUCUGCGUCUCCGUCUGCGUCUCUGUCCCCGUCCCCGUCCCCGUCCCCGUCCCCGUCCCCGUCCACGUCCCCGUCCCCGUCCUCGUCCCCGUCUGCCUCUCUGCCCGGCCGCCCAUCGUCUAGGAUGUGGGGAGCGCCUCUGCCCCGCCGCCCUGUCUGGGAGGUGAGAAACGUCUCUGCCCGGCCGCCCCGUCUGAGAAGUGAGGAGACCCUCUGCCUGGCAGCCGCCCCGUCUGAGAAGUGAGGAGCCCCUCCAUCCGGCAGCCACCCCGUUUGGGAGGGAGGUGGGGGUCAGCCCCCGCCAGGCCAGCCGCCCCGUCCGGGAGGGAGGUGGGGGGGUGAGCCCC